AUGUACGUACACGUACAAAAGAAAAGGUGUAUUUCUUUAGCCGAUGAAGUUGAUACGAGCAUCGACGGAUUCUCCUUGCAAGAUAUCGAUAUGACUGACAGUGCAGAUACUCCUGGAAAUGAUAAUGUUGUCGACGAAGUUCUGCAGGAAGAGUUUCCUGACGCAAUUUUAUAUGAGUAUUUUGAUACCAACCACGGCCAUCAUAAUAAAUUGAGGGCAUUUGAAUCUGGAUUCCUGCAAUUAACUGAUCAGAAAGGUGUCUCAAAGGAAGUACAACGCCAUCUAAUUUCAUUCAUCAACAAACAUUUGCUUGAUUGUGUAGCACCAGAAGCUUGCAUCCAAGAAUAUGAUGUCUGCGUUAAUAGCUGUUACCUUUUCAUGGACGAUGAUCAAGCUGUAGAUUGCCCUAAUCCCAAAUGUAAAGAGAAAAGAUUCAAAGACAAUAGUAAAGUUUCUCGUGAAAUUAUGCCAUGCGUGUCCAUCGGUGAAGCAUUGACACAUAUGCUAUUGGAUGAUGACAACAGGGAGCUUUUUGACUUCAAGCAUACGUUUAAUCUCGAUGAUAAUCAACUUGUUGAUAUUUUUUCGGGCAAGACUUCAAGCUUUUGCAUCGUAAAGGGGUUAUUGGUGAAAAAGAUAUCUGCCUUAUUUGAAGAAAACAUGAUAAUGCCUUUAGGUGUUAUAGCGAGUGGCCCUGAAAAGACAUACGAUUUGAUGUCGUUUUUAAAGCCAUUCAUUGAAGAAGUAGGAGUCUUGAGUACGAAAGGCAUGACAGUUGUUAAAAAUAAUCGCGAUUUCUACACAGGAAGAGUAUUUAUUCUUGGAAUCACAGGUGAUAUUCCUGUUAUUGCCUCUUUAAUGAACCAUCAAGGACACCAAUCGACUAGUGGAUGCAGAAUGUGUAAAGUCACUGGUGAAAGACGAAUUGAAACUUCACACGGCAUGUAAUUUUAAAAAAAGGAACUAUGAGAACCAAGAAGAAAAUGGUAUCACGUAGUCAAAUAGCGGUUAGUGUGGUGACCUAGCAAGGCUAUAGUCAUAUUAGAGCUAACAAAGGUUUAUCCAUGCUGAUACCAUUUGUGAUAUAAGCUUAACAAUAAAUGUCAUAGUAAGAACUAUAGGGAUAUUACAUCACAAGUCUAAUUUAGUACGUCUGAGAAAUAUGUGGUAUUUGACAAAAAUAUUACAAAUGAAAAAGUAAUGAGAAAAAAGUAUAUCUUUAUUCGAGGUAAAAAUAGACUAAAAGAACUCUGCUGCGAUGAAAUAAUUGAUCCUUUUUAUAUUGAACAACUUCCCCUGGUAGUUGUGUUGAGUCAACCUUUCUGGUCUUGUAAUAAAUCUAUACUCAAUUUCCCGCCUUACAUUAAAUGAAUUCUACUCGUUAGAAUUGAUUUCAAAUAACGUCGCCCUGAAUCAACCGAUCUGGGACA